GCCAGGCCAUGGGGGUGGGGUCAGGAGGGAUGUACCACCGCUGUCUCGUUCUUCGCGUCCGCAACCCUUGUCCCAAUCCUCUCUAAAGAGCGCCGGACGCGAUACUCGGGCCAAAAUAGCACCUAAGGGGACAGAGCGCCCUUGAGCGGGUCUCAAUGUGAAACCGGAGAGGCGCUCCGCACGAGACCAGAAGGGGAAACUGAGGCCCAAGGAUAUUGAGUAUCUUUGCAAAUUCCCCAGCUGUGUUCGAACCAGACAGACCCUAGGACCCCUACUCUAUCCGCCACCCGGAAGAAGCUCCGUCCUUGUCUUUCCAUUCUGCCCUCCUGGCUUCCCAGUAAGGUAGGCAGGGCCUGGUGGUGCACCGCCCCGUUUUCGUAGAUUGAAGAAAGUGAGGUCCAGGGGGCUCAAGUCCCAGUUCCGAGUGUCCGCGAGCAAGCCCUUCACCCCUGCGAAGGUGUCCUGAGCGGGGGGAAUGGUCGUGAGGAUGCAGGAGGAGGUUUAUGCUGGGUGCCUUGGGCCCAAACCCUGCCUCCAGGCAAGGCUGGCCCCUGCCCACCUUCCUGGACCUCAAGCCUGGCCCCCUAGGUGCAUGCCAAGGCCCGUGAUGCCCUUAAAUCCUUCAACAGGACCAGGAGCCAAGUUAGCGUCCUUUUUUCUGUGAACACAUAUAAAGCACCGGCUAUGUGCUGUAAAUACCCAGGGAAAUUUGGGGAUGGCUCAGAGGAGCCAUGAGCUCAGACCACCUGCCUAGGGAGACACACUGGCCAAGCUGUGCUCAUAAAGAUAAGAUCCAUGAUGUUGGGGGGCCAGAGGAGGGGAAGGCAUGUUUAAGCUGGGCUUCAAAGGGUGAAAUAGGAGUUUGCCUGCUGGCGAAGUGGAGGGAAGGACAAUGCAGGCAGAGGAGCUGUCCACAUUUUUCCUGCAGGAAACUGGUAGAUGUGGAGAAUGCCCUUGGCAGGGGAGCAGAUGAGGCAGCCUUCUUGUUUCUCUGGGAUCCUGCUUCCUGCCCUGAAUCAGCUCAGUGCGAGUCCUGGGAUGAAGAGGCCUGACCAGGGGUGAAGACCUACAGGCCCUGGAGGACAGGCUGGAUGCAAGAGGAAAGCUUAGAGGGAAAGGCCUUGCUUCGGUGGGCAGGGAAAGGCCAUGUUUGAGGGCGAAAGCUGGGACCAGUGAGGCUGGAGCAGCCACCUCCAAAACUGAGGCCGUCUUGAUGGGCCGGUUGAUGGCUACGGACGCCUGCCAUGAUUAGUAAGGAUUGCUGUGGUUUACCGAGCCCUGUGGGCCAGGGCUUGCCUUAGCCUAUUCCUUUUUAUUUCAUCGUCCUCUGAGGAAAGGAAUUUCUGAAGUCCCAUCUUAUAGAUGAGGAAGGAAAGGCUCAUCUGGAAAAGAUGAGGUUGGGAAACCUGCUCAGGGACACAGAGCAGAAAGAGGUGGAGUGCGUACCGGGCCCUUCCUGUGGAAAGGGGAGCUAGAGCCAGAGGGGCUGUGCCAGUGAGGAUGCAGGAGAAGGCUUACCGUGGAUCGGCUUGCCCUCAAAGGGGAUGUCUUAGUCCCAGCUCUCCUAGUAGGGCUCAAAAUGUGGGACUCCUGCCCUUCUGCCCCACCCCUUACCCCACCCCGUCUGCUUGCCCAUUGGCUGGUCCCACGGGUCAGGGGCAACUGAAACCAUCUGGAGCCUUAAGGCUGGGCACAGGGGAGGGAGGAAAGAGGGAGGUAGUAGCUUGAGGUGAAGGGGGAGGACAAAAGAGGGUUAGAGAUGGCCUCGGAUUCGCCCUGGAGGAGGGUGCUGUACACCUCUUUUUGGGAGUUUAGGGCCAAUCAGGACUCAGGAUUCUCUAUGCCUGUCCCCUGCCAGUCUUUAAACAUAGGUGAGUGGAAUGGCAAGAUGGCUCAUGAGCAAAUGGUUUAGGGUCUGAGCUCCACUAUGGCCAAGCUGCUGGGCCUGCCUCUCCAGCCUGUUUGCACCUCUGUAAAAUAGGGCUGUUGAUAAGGUACUUGAGAGGGUAUUGGUGAGAUAACAGCUGCAAUAAUAACUUGUUAUUGUUUUCCUUUACCCCCCAGCACACAGCCCCAGGACCGCCCCUGACCACCCUCAACCAAGCUAUGCAUGCCAGGGGCCCCCACGGCCCACUGUUCCCGUCGCUGCCUCUCGCCUCCUCAGUCCUGAUGCUGCUGAUGAGCAGCCUGUGGCUGUUGGGGGCCGGCCCCAGCCUUGUCCUGGCCCCGGAGCUGUUGCUGGACCCCUGGCAGGUGCACCGGCUGCUGACCCAUGCCCUGGGCCACACGGCCCUGCCGGGCCUGCUCCUGAGCCUGCUGCUCCUGCCCACUCUGGGCUGGCAGCAGGAGUGCCACCUGGGCACGCUGAGGUUCCUGCAUGCCUCGGCCCUGCUCGCCCUGGCUUCCGGGCUGCUGGCAGUGCUGCUGGCAGGCCUGGGGGUGUCUGGUGCAGCCGGCGGCUGUGGAUACAUGCCUGUCCACCUGGGCAUGCUGGCUGGGGAGGGACACCGCCCUAGACGGCCCCGUGGGGCACUGCCACCGUGGCUGCCGCCGUGGCUGCUGCUUGCCCUGACCCCGCUGCUCAGCUCUGAGCCACCCUUCCUGCAGCUGCUUUGUGGCCUCCUUGCUGGCCUGGCCUACACAGCUGGGGCCUUCCGGUGGCUGGAGCCCUCAGAGCGGCGGCUGCAGGUGCUACAAGAGGGCAUCUUGUGCAGGACCCUGGCAGGGUGCUGGCCCCUGAGGCUCCUUCCCAUCCCGAGCAGCCUGGCCGAGCUGCCUGUCACCCAUCCUGCUGGAGUGAGGCCUCCGAUUCCUGAACCACUUUAUGUAGCCUCCUCUGACCUCUGGUCCCACUGUGAUGGCUCAGCCCUGCCCCCACCAGAUCUGAGGCCUGUGCAACCCACCUGGGAGGGCUCCUCAGAGGCGGGCCUGGACUGGGCCGGGGCCAGCUUCUCCCCAGGGACUCCAAUGUGGGAGGCCUUGGAUGAGCAGAUGCUGCAGGAGGGGAUCCAGGCCUCGCUUCUUGACGGGCCGUCCCAGGGGCCCCAGAGCCCACCCUGGCUGUCCAAGUCCUCUGUCUCUUCUCUGCGGCUGCAGCAGCUGGAGCGCAUGGGCUUCCCCACAGAGCAGGCAGUGGUGGCGCUGGCAGCCACAGGCCGCGUGGAGGGUGCUGUGUCACUGCUGGUCGGAGGACAAGUGGGCACUGAGGCCCUGGUGACCCAGGGGAAGGGUGGGCCUGCCCACUCUGAGGGUCCUGGGCCUCCCUAGCUCAGUCAGAGAGUGGGGGUACAGGCAGGCCCUUGGGUGCCAAGGGGCUGGGCUGCAUGUGGGUAGCCUGAACCCCUGCUCUGUCUGCUGAGGGCCACAGUGGGGUGCAGAGGCACCUCUGGAGGCAGGAGAGGCCCCCAGCAUGCUGCCCUAGUACACAUUUAGAAUAAAAACCAGUUUGUAUUUCAACCUGGACCUCCUUGG